UCCCCUCCCCCACCCCGCCAAGCAGAUCCGUCUUCUAGCCUCACGCCGCCCGUCUUCCGCUCCUGCGCGGAACCUCGCCGCUGUGCACGCCCAAAGCCACGCCUCUUCGCGUUGGGCCACGCCCUCGGACGCUCCGCCCCUGUCGCCCGGAUCCCACCCGCAAGACCCCGAACCCCAAUGAUCCUGCAGGAGCCCCUGGAGCGAGGUCCCCGGGGUCGGGCCCAGCGCGACCCGCUGGCCGCCUCGGGAGCGAUUCGGGGCCAGGACGCCAGCUCCCCUCUCCGAGGAGCUGUGCCCAUGAGCACCAAGCGGCGCCUGGAGGAGGAGCAGGAGCCUCUGCGCAAGCAUUUCCUGUCGGAGGAGAACAUGGCCACCCACUUCUCUCGACUCAGCCUGCACAAUGACCACCCCUACUGCAGUCCCCCAGUGGCUUUCCCUCCAGCAUUGCCGGCACUCAGGAGCCCUUGCUCUGAGCUGCUUCUCUGGAGCUACCCUGGGAGCCUGAUCCCCGAGGCACUCCGGCUGCUGAGGCUGGGGGACACCCCUACCCCCCACUACCCUGCAACCCCAGCUGGGGACAUAAUGGAGUUCUGACUGCUGGUGGACAGUGCCCCUCCCCACCUUCCUUCUUCCCCACAACAGAGAAGACCAGCAACCCCCACAAACGGACAAGGUGCUGGCUUAUUCUCCUCCAGCCCAGGCAUCUGGGCACCAGAACCUUCCCCCAACAGAGGAGGACACUGAGCCCAGUGGAACCCUGGGAUGGGAGGGGCAGGAGCUAGGAAGGGAGGCAUCUCCCCCAGGAGAAAUGAAUAAAGAUUGCUGAGGAAAUGAA